AUGAUAAAUAAAAUUUUUGUCAGAUUUAAUUGUAUAAAUAUAUCGAUAAGGUUUCUAAAGGGAGAACGAAGUUCAAAUUAGGGGGGUAAAAUAAUAUUGACUUUAUAAAUGAGAAAAUCUUGUUUCUUUCGCACUAUAUAUUCUCGAUUAAAUGAUUCAAGUUAACUAAAUUUUAAACAAAAAUAAAGCAUGCAAUCCAACCCCUUUUCAUACAGUACUUCUCCUUCCUAAUUUCAACCAAGUAUUAUAAUUAAAACCACUAGGCAGACUUUGCUAUGAAUCCACAAGUGUAUUAUUCUAACUACAACCCUUACUAUCCUUAAGUUUCAACCUAUAUGGUAAUCACUUUUGUUAUGAAUGUUUAGGCCCCUUAACCAUAUCUAUAGAAUGAAUCUUAUCCUCUUCAUUACUUUUAAUAACCAAAUUAUAUCAACUGGAGUACAGAACAAACCUAGAUGAAGUUGCCUAAAAUCCCAAAUCCUCCUUACAUUAAACAAGAAGACAAUCUCAUUAAUUAAACUGAUAUUCCUGCUCAAAAUCUCUGUGAGAAGAAGAAUGAAGAGGAUAAUUCUGACAAACUCUUGUAGAAAGUAGAGACAGUGCGACAGGUUAAAAAAUCCAAUAGUUAGAUAAUUCAAAACCGUAGAGGUUAUUUUAUAUUCUAAUUUUAGGACAUUGGACAAACGAAGAGCAUUACAAAUAUUUAAAAUUUGUUAGAUAAAAUAAAGAAUUAUUCUAGACAAGUGUCUAAAAAAAGCUGAACAGAGUUUUUAAAAUGAUGUCAAUUGAAAUACCGACUCGAACUGCUUGUUAGUGUCGUUCUCAUUACUCGAAAUUUAACCCAUUAGAUCAUAUUGUAAGAAUUCCAGAACCAUAUUUAGGGUAAAGUUAGAAGAAAAUUAGUCAAUGAUGAACAGGUUUAUGAGCGUAUGUUCAAUAAUACUUAACAAAAUGACUGAGAUUGAUCCAUUAAUGUAUAGUGUCG